GUCAUUUUUAAGGUUUUCUUUUUUUUGCUUGCGCACAAACACUUUCUUCUCACCACCAUCGAGAGAACUCCUAUGAUGCAAUUAACAAAACAAAAAGUGGGUGUUUUAGGAGCAACAGGUACAGUUGGACAACGUUUCAUCUUACUCUUAGCCCAACAUCCAAAUUUCAAAAUUCAUAAAUUAGGUGCAUCUUCGGCAAGUGUUGGAAAAGUAUACAAAGAUGCAGUAAAAGGUCGUUGGAAGCAGGUCGUGGGUAUUCCGGAAAAUAUUGCUUCGGUGCCUGUUCUAGAAUGCACCGUAGAAAACUUUAAAGAUUGCGAUAUCGUCUUCAGUGGCUUGGACAGCGGACCGGCAAGUACGAUCGAACCAGCAUUCAGAAAAGCAGAACUACGGGUGUUUUCCAACGCAAAGAAUUUCAGAUUGGAUGAACAGUGUCCACUCGUUGUACCACUAGCGAAUGAUUCACACUUUGGCAUCCUGCCACAUCAACAAAAAGCUCAAGGGCUCCAGAAAGGUUUUAUUGUCACAAAUGCAAAUUGCAGUACCACAGGUAUCAUUCCACCCCUAAAAGCUCUACAAGAUGCCUUUGGAUCGCUCGACAAGGUCGUUGUAACAACGUUACAAGCUGUCAGUGGAGCAGGCUAUCCUGGUGUAUCUUCCUUUGACAUUCAUGAUAAUGUCGUGCCUUACAUUAGCGGAGAAGAGGAAAAGAUCGAAGCAGAAACGAUGAAAAUGCUAGGAAGUCUUUCAUCCGAUGGCACUCAAUUCCAAAAAGAGCCCGUUACUGUUAGCGCACAAUGCAAUCGUGUUCCCGUUUUGGACGGACAUACAGAAUGCGUUUCCCUUUCCUUCAAACAAAGACCGCCACCUUCCAUAGAUCAAGUCAAGGAAGUUUUGCGAAAUUACACAUGUGAAGCACAAAAGCUAAAGGCUCACAGCGCACCUGCACAGGCGAUCGUCGUUCAUGAAGAAGAAGACAGACCGCAACCCAGACUGGAUCGUGAUCAUCAAAAUGGUGCAUGCGUUCACGUGGGAAGGGUGCGUAAAUGCCCGGUAUUCGAUGUGAAGUUUGUAGUCUUGUCAAACAACGUCAUGAUCGGAGCUGCAACUUCAUCUGUGAUGAAUGCAGAAAUUGCACUGGCACAAGGAUAUUUGAACUAGAUAUGGAGGAUUUGUAUUCCAUACUGACCAAAAAAAAAGGUAUUAUUGUACAAUGAAAAUUCUAUAGAGGAUAUGUAUGUGAUAGUGUGUCUCCCAAUUUGGACGAUAAUGUACAUAUUACAG